AAAAAUGAACGACUUUUUUGAAAAAAAAGAUGGUUGAAUUUUUGCAUGCUGAUAAUUUAUGAUAUCUCGACCAAUUUCAGAUCAUUCGGAGUAAUAUUUAAAAAUUGAUCGCUAAUUAAUGUAAAUUUCAUGUCCUAAAUGCCCGAAUAAUAUUGUUCUGAAAAAUCCGAUCCAUCUCCUUGCAAAUAUUUCAAAGGAAGUUCGAAAGAGAAAGUGUUCGUAGCUCGCCAGUUGAGAAAAAUUUACCUACUACUGCGCGAUACCUACGUAAAUUCACUACAUCACAAUCACACCAACGAGCUUACAGGCUACACUACAGCUCAAGUGAAAGUAAGCAAUACCACCUAGGUGGUAUUGAAGUAAGUGGCGAAAAAGUUUUCAUUACUAAAGUGUAAUUCAAUUAAACGUUAUCAUCGUAAUCUAGUUUGGUGGUUUUCAAUUUUUCAUUGUUUCUAUUUUCAGUAUAAGAAAUAUCGUAUAUUGGUGAUAUGUUGAACGCGUUAUAGUCCGAAGUAAUUUUAUCAAAACGAGAAAACGACGCAUGUUUUAUCAAAUUCUUACUACAAUGUUAUCUGAAAAUCUUAAUACUGGUGGUAUAAAAUGGUAACUGAAAUUGCAAUCUAAUUGUUCCUUGGGAGUAGUUGCCGAUGUAUCGAUAUUUACUCGUACGGCGAGCCAAUUAUUCGCAUAAACUCAAUUAUUAUGGGUUUACUAUUCUCCAAAAUUUGGAGCCUAUUCAGUGCAGAAGAACACAAAAUUGUGAUAGUGGGAUUAGAUAAUGCUGGUAAAACAACGAUAUUGUAUCAAUUUUUAAUGAACGAGGUUGUUCACACAUCACCAACCAUCGGUUCAAAUGUCGAAGAAGUCGUAUGGAAGAAUAUCCAUUUCAUUAUGUGGGAUUUAGGAGGCCAACAGUCUCUACGGGCAGCUUGGAGUACAUAUUAUAGUAAUACCGAAUUCGUCAUAUUAGUUAUCGAUUCUACGGACCGAGAAAGACUUACGGUAACCAGAGAAGAGUUGUAUAAAAUGUUAAACCACGAAGAAUUAUCUAACGCUGCAGUAUUAAUUUACGCUAACAAACAAGACGUUAAAGAUUGCAUGUCAGCGGCUGAAAUAAGCAGGCAUUUAGAUUUAACCUCGAUUAAGAACCAACAGUGGCAUAUUCAAUCGUGUUGUGCUCUCACAGGCGAAGGGUUGUACCAAGGAUUGGAAUGGAUUUGCAGCCAUUUAAGAAAACAAUAACGCAUUUAGCCAUACUUCAUGUAAAGCUACUUAUCAAUUUGAAAAUUCGUCAAUAUUACUAUUCAAUCUGUCUUCUUUUUUAAAGUUUCAUCUCGUCUCAUCAAAGCCAUCGUUUAUUUUCAUGUUUCGCCUUUGUUUUCCCGUUGUACCUACCCUUUUUUUUCCUAGAGAAAAUUUCAAUGAAGAAAUUUCUUAUCGCGUUGAGUAGACCUUAUUUUUCAUGUAUUUACAAACGCGUUUUAUAUUUCUUAUUUUAAUGACAUUCGCAAUUUUAAGCGUGUACAUAUUAAUUAAUAAAUUGUUUUGUUUUUUUAAAA